CACAGUAGCAGCUGCCGGCCUCUGCUUUGUAGUUUACGCAUAUUUAGCUAUAAUAUUAUUAUCAUAUAUAAAUUCAUAUUAUUGUAAUGUGUUAUGGUGUGUGUGUGUGUACUCUGCUUUACUUGUGACAUGUGAGUGUUGGCGAUUGUUUACCGUUUAUACCUUAUUACACACUAAUUCGAUGGUUUAAACGUUUUGUGGACAUUUCGUUUCGUUUACCUAAUAUAAUGGCCGACCGUUUUCGAGAACGCAAAUACAGAAAUCGCUACAGAAACGGCAAUUCACGACAUAAUGAGCUUGGCGAUAGGUCUGGUGCAUUUCAAAGUGGAGGAUACUCCGACGGUCAGAAUUAUAAUCAAAAAGUUUCAUUCAAAGCAAAUAACCGUGGAAACCAACGAUUUUGGAAAAGUUGGAAUACCAAAUCAGAUUUAGUUUGUGAUCAGUUGGAUAAUGAAUUGUUUAACAGAAACAGCGGAGCAUCUAGAAAUGGUGGUAGUCGACGAUUGUUAUCUGGUAGAAGAAAUGUUUGCAGCCGAGGAGGAGGUUACAAUAAUUUUAGAUCUUCUUGGACUUUGAAAAUGAGUGUCACGGGGUGGUAUAGCAUUUUUGUUCCAAAUGUUUAUGACGGAGAUGAAGUUUUGAAAAUUAUUCAAACAUACAUUGCACCUAUUACAUUUUUCCCGUAUAACAAAUCUUUUGUUGAUAAUGGCUUACGGUUUUUGGUCGACGAUUACAAAGUUGCCGAAACAUUAUUGAACACCAGUUAUAAAUUAUCGUUGAGUGAUGGUCGAAAAUUGAUUAUUAAAACUACAGUUUAUGUUCCUUCACAUUAUUCAGUUAUUACGGUACCAGUUCCUGAAGAAAUAAAGGCCAAAAUGAUUGAAGUUAUAUCGACCCGAUACAAGCCAGACACAAAGAGUUUAGAUUUAUCACAUUUUCAUUCUAGUCAAAUCUUCAUAGAUAAUCAAAUGUAUGCUCCGCUGAAUCAACCAACAUUUCUAUUAGCAGCGCUAAAUUUGGUAGCUCAACAAGAAAAAUAUGAUUUGUAUGGUCUGAGUCUAGAAAAUAACCUUAUAUACUUAGGCAAAGGACUUGCAUGGAUUCGUCGACUAUUCCCAGAUUUGAAAGUAUUGAAUUUGGCCGGAAAUAAGUUGAAAGACAUAAAUGAGUUACAAGAACUCUCCGGUUUCACUAUUGAAGAACUUAACCUAUCAAGAAAUCCAUUGUCUGACAUGGUUGAUGCAGAACGCUACAGGCGAGAUGUUCAAGACCUAUUUCCUUUGCUUAACAAACUGGAUGACUAUGAAUUGCCAUCGCGGUACAGUGCCGCCAUUGUUGGUAUUAAAUUGAAAAUGCCAUUCAUCAAAGGAAACAGUUAUGCGGUUCUAGUGGAUCAAAAUCCCGAACAACCUAAUUCAAUUGCAGUCCUGGUGGAUUCCUUUCUAGCACAGUAUUACGAACGAUACGAUAAUCCAAUAUCGAAACAACUGGUCGCCGAAGCUUAUCAUCAUAAUGCUACGUUUUCAAUGUCGUCGUGCAUUAUUUUGGAUAGGCAUAAAGGAAAUCUAACGCAAUACUUGCAAAGGAGUCGCAAUUUGCUUGCGUUCCCCAAGAUAAAUUUAAACAAAAAGUCUUACAGAGGAAGAGAAAACAUAUUUAACUUCUUAGAAAAACUACCUAAAUCUAAACACGACUUGGGAUCGUUCACAGUCGAUGUGCCAUUGGCUAACACAACAAUGGUUCAAAUAGUAGUAAACGGUGUGUUUGCGGAAGGAUAUGUUAAUAACGACAAGUUGUUGUUGCGGUCGUUUAGUAGAAUAUUUGCGAUAACACCCGUCGGUAACGGCUGGAGUAUACUGAGCGACAUGCUAUUUAUAACAGGCACAGACUUCGAAAUGGUUGCCGAAACUGCCAAACGCUUCUACGUACCACAACCACGCGAAACAACAUCUAAGAAACGACCUCAUAUGGAUUAUAAUGGCAACAAUAACAACUGUAGCGAGUCAAUGUUUAUGGACGACGGCAACGAUAUGGGAUGUAUGGGUUCAGUUCGACCAAAUUAUUCUCCUCCGUCGUACCAGCAAACCAAGUGUUACUCGAAUCAACUUCAUUAUCAGAUGCCCCUAACAUUUCAAUCUGGUCACCAAACAACAACAAAUACAUCGGAACAAAAUUGUGCAGCACAAGGACCGUUUGAUUCGAAAGUACUAGAGACUGUAACUCGAUCAACACAGUUGUUUAAUAACAACGUGAUGCCUCCAGUCGACAACAGAGCUACACGACUGACAAUCGUCAAGCUUUUUUCUAAUGAAUCUGGCAUGAACGUGACGUGGGCCGAAAAGUGUUUGGCUGAAAACAACUGGAAUUACACUAACGCCGCUUUAAAUUUUUCAAAACUCAAAGCAAACAUUCCAAAAGAAGCUUUUCAACAUUGAUGUAAUUAUAGGUAUAAUUAUUGAAAUUCUUUAAGGUACC